UGUCUCUUCCCUCAGGCGAUCGUCUACAUUCAUUGGCUGCUGACAAUAUUCGCCUGUAUCUACCCCUGGAUGCCAAAUGCCUAUUAUCUGGCGAAUCUGACCGUCCUGGCCCUGGGCAUCUGGGCCAUCAUCCAGAGAGACUCCAUCGAUGCCAUUCUAAUGUUUCUGGCCGGUCUGAUCACCACGGUGAUAUUAGACAUUCUGCUCCUCGCCCUGAUCUACGCCGCCGCCGAGCAAGCAGCAGAGAAGACCCCGGGCAGAGACCUCUUCCGAUUCAGCGGAGGAAUGGCCAUCCUGAGCCUCUUGUUGAAGCCCUUGUCGUGUUUCUUCACAUAUCACAUGUAUGUGGAGCGCGGGGGGGAGUGCAAUCUCUUCACAGUGUCCUCGGGGUUCCUGAGCGGUUCACGAGACCGGAGCGCGUACCAGACCAUCGAUCACGCGGAGGGACCCGCUGAGCAAGAGAACAAGAUGCCCUCCCGGUACUGAGGGAGGAAAUGUGUGACUCCGCCCCCCUGCCUGUCCGUCACCUCCGCACCAGG